CGGGCCGGAUCUCUCGCGAGGAAGGACGCCAUUAUCGCAGCCGCCGCACAAAACACCACGAGAACUCGGCGCCCGCCUCACACGGAGUGCAUGCCUGGGGAGCUGCAGUGGUGCCUCAGGGGUUUUGCUGCUGCUUCUGAAUGAUGUCAGAGCACGAUUUAUCAGAUGUGGUUCAGAUUGCUGUUGAGGACCUGACUCCAGAUAAUCCAGUUGUGUUGGAGAACCAUGAGGUAGCAGAUGAUGAUGAUGUGGAACCUGCCCUGAAACGUCAGAGGAUAGAAAUCAACUGCCAGGAUCCCUCUAUUAAGUCGUUCCUGUACUCCAUCAACCAGACCAUAUGCCUGAGGCUGGACAGCAUCGAGGCCAAGCUGCUGGCACUGGAGGCCACCUGCAAAUCCCUGGAGGAGAAGCUGGACCUGGUGAUGAACAAGCAGCACAGCCCCAUCCAGGUGCCCAUGGUGGCCGGGUCCCCGCUGGGCGCCACCCAGACCUGCAAUAAAGUCCGAUGCGUUGUCCCUCAGACCACGGUGAUCCUCAACAACGACCGGCAGAAUUCCAUCGUGGCCAAGAUGGUGGGGCAGGAAGAGCCACUGAGCAGAGCAGCAGAUUCCCUGGAGAGCAUCCUCAGCAACGCGGUGCCGGGCCGCCGGCAGAACACCAUCGUGGUGAAGGUGCCCGGCCACGACGACAGCCACAACGAGGACGGCGAGAGCGGCUCCGAGGCCAGCGACUCCGUGUCCAACAGCGGCCAGGUGGGCAACCAGAGCAUGGGCAACAACGUCACCCUCAUCACCCUCAACUCCGAAGAGGAUUACCCCAACGGGACGUGGCUGGGUGACGAGAACAACCCCGAGAUGCGGGUGCGCUGCCCCAUCACCCCCGCGGACAUGCUGCACAUCAGCACCAACUGCCGCACGGCCGAGAAGAUGGCCCUGACCCUGCUGGAUUACCUCUUCCACAGGGAGAUCCAGGCCAUCUCCAACCUCUCGGGCCAGGGGAAGCACGGCAAGAAGCAGCUGGAUCCUCUCAUGAUCUACGGGAUUCGCUGCCACCUGUUUUACAAAUUUGGCAUCACAGAGUCAGACUGGUACCGCAUCAAGCAGAGCAUCGACUCCAAGUGCAGGACAGCCUGGAGGAGGAAGCAGAGAGGGCAGAGCCUGGCUGUGAAAAGCUUCUCCAGGAGAACACCCUCCUCCUCCUCCUACAGUGGCUCAGAGGGAUCCCAGAGCUCGGUGUCAGCUCCCAGUGAGCUGCAGCAGAACCAGCCCCAGGCCCUGCACUAUGCCCUGGCCAAUGCUCAGCAGGUCCAGAUCCACCAGAUUGGAGAGGAUGGACAAGUCCAAGUAGGCCAUCUCCACAUAGCCCAGGUGCCCCAGGGAGAGCAGGUGCAGAUCACACAGGACAGCGAGGGAAACCUGCAGAUCCACCAAGUCCACGUGGGUCAGGACGGGCAGGUGCUGCAGGGUGCCCAGCUCAUCGCGGUGGCCUCGGCUGAGCCCACGGCGGGCGGCGUGGACGGCUCCCCGCUGCAGGGCAGUGACAUCCAGGUGCAGUACGUGCAGCUGACCCCCGUGACGGACCACGCUGCCGCCGGCCAGGGCAAGGCUGCAGUGGGGAAAAUCAGCAUUUUUAGACCCUAUCCUGCUCCAACUGGGAAAUUCCAAGGACAAAGCCUGCAGGGCACUGAUUCCCUUCAAUCAGCAAUCCAGCCAGAAAUGCAGAUAGAACACGGAGCAAUCCAAAUCCAGUGAGAGGAUUGAGGAAUGCUGGGGAGCUGGCAGUGAACUCCAGCCAGAAAUGGAGUGAAGGGGCUGGAAAAAAAAAACAAAAAAAAACAAAAAAAACCCCAGACCUCAGAACCUCCAGCCACGCCCUGCUCAGCCUCACCUGGAAUAAUUCCAACUUCAAGCAGACACCAAUCCAAGUGCUGGCCUUCACAGCUAACCCCGUGGGUUGCACUGAAAUCCACUCAGAGAGGACAAAUCCCAAUUUUGGAGAGGGAGAGGAAGAGCUCUCCUGCAUCCAAGCUGUGAGACUCCAUCCCUGCCCACCUGGGUCCCUCCUGUGAAAAUGGAAUGUCUGCACAAGUUUGGGUACUGCUGCCCUGCUUUGCCAUGAAGAGAAAGUUCCAGAGCUCAGAUAUUUUUCACUGUUGGAACAGCCUCUUUUUUUUUGUUUGUUUUUUUUUUUUUUGCUAUGGUGUUUAUAACAACAACAACAACAACAAAAAAAAGAAAAUAUUUUAAAAAAGGAAAAAUUCCUUGACAGCAAGUCUUGGCCUUUUGCUGGUGUUUUCUGUUCAGUGUCAUGAAAACUGUAUUUGCAGGAGACUAACACUUUUGUUUGUACUGUUGCUUAACUACUUUUCUAGGGGAAAAUGCUUUAAAAAUGCUGUAAUUACGCAUUUCUAAUGAAAAAAUAAAUGUGUAUUUAUGAAUAGUGCA